CCUGCUGCUGCUGCUUUCGUGCUCGCCCGCUCGCCCGCUCGCCCGCCCGCCAUGGCCAGCCUUAAGGACCUCGAGGGGAAGUGGCGCCUGACGGAAAGCCACGGCUUUGAGGAAUACAUGAAGGAGCUAGGGGUAGGACUGGCUCUUAGGAAAAUGGGUGCCAUGGCCAAACCAGACUGCAUCAUUACUUGUGACGGCAACAAUGUCACCGUCAAAACCGAGAGCACUUUGAAGACGACACAGUUUUCUUGUACCCUGGGAGAGAAGUUUGAUGAAACCACAGCCGACGGCAGAAAAACUGAGACGGUCUGCACCUUCGCAGACGGUGCCCUGGUUCAGCACCAGAGCUGGGAUGGGAAAGAAAGCACCAUAACAAGAAAGCUCAAGGACGGGAAGCUGGUGGUGGAUUGUGUCAUGAACAAUGUCACUUGUACUCGAGUCUAUGAAAAAGUGGAGUAAGGAUUUCAUCACCACCCUGAACAGGAGUUAGCUGCAAGAGUGAAUAAGCUCAGUUCAAUGAGCAGGUCAUAAAUAUCCAUACUACUUCUUUUCUUCAGUUUUAUUUUUCGUGUUCGAUUGUCUGUAUCACCAACACUUUACAUGAAAGCCAUGUCAAAGUGUUGAUUUACCUAGGAUCUUUCCUUUGGUUAGUAAAUAAACGUGUUUGUGCUAAUUCA